AUGCCAUAUUCUUCUUCCACAUCUAUUGAUCCUCUCAUUUUCUUCUUUCCGCUUCUAUUUAUCAUGUCAUAUUCUUUCCUCUUCUAUUUAUCAUGUCAUAUUCUUCUUUCCGCUUUUAUUUAUCAUGUCAUAUUUUUCAUCUUUUAUUUAUCAUGUCAUAUUCUUCUUUCCGCUUUUAUUUAUCAUGUCAUAUUCUUCUUUCCGCUUUUAUUUAUCAUGUCUGAUUCUUCUUUCCGCUUUUAUUUAUCAUGUCAUAUUUUUCCUCUUUUAUUUAUCAUGUCAUAUUCUUCUUUCCGCUUUUAUUUAUCAUGUCAUAUUCUUCUUUCCGCUUUUAUUUAUCAUGUCAUAUUCUUUCCUCUUCUAUUUGUCAUGUCAUAUUCUUCUUCCCACUUCUAUUUAUCAUGUCAUUUUCUCCUUUCCUCUUCUAUUUAUUAUCUCAUGUCAGUACAAAGUGAUCAUGGCUAUGCACGUCUUCCUGUCUCUUGUAAACCCUAA